CCCGCUCGAACCAGCAUUCGCUACGUAAGGGCAGACCAUACAGGCCCUUGGUGUUGAACGUGCAAUCGCGAGAUUCUACCAGGUUCCUUCGGCCCUCUACGCUUCGAUUCCUCCCUCUUAUCUCCCGUAGUAAGCUCUGGUGACAACACCCUCCUCAGCGCUCCUCUCGUGCCCACAGCCGUUCUCGGUCUACACCCUCGAUCUGCAGCUUCCGACUUUAUGCGCUUCUCAUCAACACUCCUCCGCAACGCUUCCCGCUUACCUUGAACUUCGCUAGACCAUCUGACGUCUUCAAGAAAAGUUUUUUAGUCGUUUCAAGGCACCUCAACUAGAGCCUUCUGCUUCUGGCGUCGCCUGGGUUGCGCAGAUAGCACGAGCCCUUUCCAGCCAUCUCGUCGGUCGCGGGACGCGCCCACUGGGCAAGCACAAAGACCCUAAGAAUGAGCUACCGAAGAUCCGACCUGCCGCGUUUGCGGAGCUCCGAUUUUUCGCGCAACCUCCUCACUUCCCUCAUCCUUGUCUCGUUACUAGCUCCCUCGCUACUGCCAGUAGUCUGCAGCACGCAUGAUAAUCGCAACGACCGCAAUGACAAUGCCGAUUCGCCUCGCAACGCGCAACCACAGACCCUCCAAACGCACAACCUGGCCCUGCCACGUCGACAACUUCAAGCUGACGCUGCCAGCCGACGUGGCAAGAUCCAAUUGGAGCGGCUGGUCAUGGCGGCGGAACCCCAGCAGCAGGCCGUGAUUGACGGCGGCGUUAGACCCGCCGCAGCAAUAGCAACCAAGCCGCCUACAGCGAGCGUAUCACUCACUCAAGGCCGUCGGGAAGCAGCGGAUGACGCGGCGGCUGAUGCGGCGGGCAUUGCGGGCGUUCGGGAGCAGACGCAGGCAGGAGGCACGCUCAAGGAGGGUAUUCUCGGAAAGUCCCUGACUCAAAUCGGGCUGAUUGACUAUUUCUCCAAGAGAGUAGGCCCUGCGGCUCCAGCGGGCCAAUCAAAAUCCAAGCCGCGUCUGCCUCUCUGCCCGGAAUUCGCGCCGCCUCUAGCAGGCGCGACCUCCGCCGUCGUUUCCGCUUGCCAAUGGGGGGACCCGCUCGCGCCCUCGUACGAAGCUACGGCUGCUGGUCUGGAACGCGCAGGCUCGGGAUCAGGCUCGGCUUUCCUCAGUGGUCCGGGAAAAGCGGCGCAAUUCAUGGGAGAUUGGUUGCGGUGGAAGCAGGAGGGGGGAGAGGCGGUAGAGCGCGAGUGCAUGCGGCAGCGCUCGUGGUUCUACGCGGGGAUCGCGGAGGAGACGUGCGACCUGAGCGCGUUCCGCCCCGCACAGGCUUCCCCGCGGCGCGCGGACGAAGCUAUGGCUGCUGCUGACGUGGACGGGAGCGGAGGUGGAAUUCUCGUGCUGCGUGACGUGUACGUCAACGAGCUGGGCAUGGUGUUCAACAAAAGCCACGUGUUCGUCGUUGAUAGGUGCGGAAACGGCCGGUGGAAGCAGCAGAAUCAGAACCAGCAGCAGCAGGUGAAGGUACCCUCUUACCCACCUGGCACCAGGGUCACUGUUCAUUCCCACCUGAUAAAUCUCCUGCCGUACGAAGCCCACGAAGAGGAGGACGACGGCAGUUCCGGGUCGAAGGCCCAUGGGGAGGGGCCGGAGGGGCGGGAGUGGGUGGCUCAGGCGCGGGUGCACAACUCCAAGGAGCGGCUGCUAGCGCGGCUGCUGCCCGCGCUCUUCCUGCUCUCCUCCUCCCUCAUGCCCGCCGCCCGCCGCUACCCUCUCCUGCUCGCCGACCGCCACCUGCUCUUCCACCUGGGCCUGGGCGUCUUCGGCACGGACCUCUCGUCCCUCGCCAUCUCGCCCUUCUCCCCGCUGCUGGGGAACAGCCACGAGCACCUCUUCUUCGCCAAACAGCUGUAUGUGCCCAUCCACGUCAGCAGCCUCUGCGGUCUCUCUGCUGCGGGCCCCCCGUCCCGCCCGGACGCGCUCUGGCUCGCCCUCCGAGCCAACCACCUGCUGCCACGUGGCGGCCUGCCCAUCCUCAACCCUGAUUGGUCCCCCAGGCCGCCCGCCCCACACAAUCACAACUUAGUCCUAGGAGGGCGGUCGGUCCCAGAAGACUGGGUGGUGGUGGUGUCUCUAGUGUGGAGCUCCCACGUCAUGAGAGAGGGGGGAGGGGUGGGGGGAGGAGAGGGAGAGGGAGGAGGGGAAGGAGGAGAGGGGGUGGGAGGAGGAGGAGGAAGAGGAAAGGAGGGAGCAGCACAGGCAACAGCAGAAGGCAUGCACUCCAUAAUCAAGUUCUUGCGGCACAUCUUUUCCAAGUCCCGCGUGGUGGUGUAUGACGAGCACGUGCCCCUGCCAGAGGCCCGUGCGCUCUUCUCCCGUGCGCUGCUCUUUGUGGGCCCCACCUCGUCUGCUCUCUCCAACCUCAUGUUUUUGCCUUUCAACGCAACUGUCAUCGAGAUUCUCCCCUACCCCGCCCCACAGACCACCACUGCCACGUACCCUUUCCUCCCCUCCAACAUCACCUACUCUUCCUCCUCCACCUCAUCCUCCUCAUCCGCCUCCUCCGCCUCAUCUUCCUCAGUGCCCUUUGGAAUCCAGGCGUCGGUGGUCAGCCAGCAGGAUUCCGCCACGUGGCACUACCGCCUGGCUGAGCGGGCGGGCGUGCGGCACUUUUUGUCCGCUUGCGACCCGGCGCGGAUCAAGCGCGAGCUCGGGGAGCAGUGCCACGUCAGCGAGGUGUACAGCAUCGUGAUGACAGCUGUGCGCAGCGGAUGGCCUGCGUGGAAAGAUCUCGCCAACGUGGCAGAAUUCUCCUUCCCACCUGCAUCCUCUCCUCCUGCUGCUGCUGCUGCUGCUGCUGCUGCUGCUGCUGCUGCUGGUUCUCCUGCUCUUACUCAAACCUCGCCAGAUACUCUCCAAGAUUUCAGGGAUCAAAUCCCAGGGUCGAGGCUCCAGCCAGGCACCGGCGACGUUCCAUUCUUCCGGCAGUGGCUUGAGUGCGUGGCAACAAGAGGAGAGUGGCGGUACAACGCCACGCCGCGCGCGCUCCCCUGGAACUGGAAGUCGCUGGACCACUGCGACAUGGCCCACGUUGACCAGGUCAAAGGCGGGGUGGCCUUUGCAGAUGCGGACGAGAUAGCGAGAGAGGGAGGGAAAGACGCAGAGAAGAGGUGGCGGGUGAGGGAGGAGCUCAAGUAUGAGUGGGUGGUGCCAGGGGAACGAUGCCCUGCUGUUGGCAGUGGGGUGUUUGCGUCGCCGUUUGGGCUGGACAGUGAGAGGGAGGAGGGAGGUGCAGGAGGUGGGACCGAUUAUGAUGACAGUGCUGAUGGUGGCGGUGGUGGCGCUAGUGGUGCUCCUGGUGAGGGAUUGUUCUCUCGGUUUGACGGGCGGUCCCUGUGUCGGCUGGCUCGCUUGCGUGACGAUGGCCUCCGCAUCGCCUUCCUUGGAGACUCUCUCUCCAAGGAGGCCCACGUCUCUUUCCUAAACAACAUACUUAAGCACGUGCCCAAACCCGCCCUAAAAGCCGCCACGUUCCGCAAGUGCCUGCCCUGGCUUGGCUCCCACCCCGUGUACUGCCAUGAGAGAUUCACAGGGCUGGGUUGCCCCGGGCUGGAGCUACACUCGGUCUUCAAUAAAAGGCUCAUGCCGGUGGAUUCGGAAAAGGACGAGCGGCUGUGGUGGAAAAACAUGCCGUGGCUUGAUGACCCGGGGAUUGUGAAUUCCCAUGUGUUGGUGAUCAACCGGGGGGCCCAUCCUACGUCGGACGAGCGAACGGUUGCCGCCGUGAGACGGACGAUGCAGUUUAUACGCCAGAAUUACCCGGAAAAGCUGGUGGUAUUCCGGUCGACAGCCCCAGGGCACAAGGACUGCACGAAAUUCAAGGGGCCGAUCAAGCAGAGGCAGGACCCGAAGACUCUCCCCUUCGGCUGGGGGAAUUUCAAGAGGCAGAAUGAGCUGGUGAGGGGGGUGGUGGAGGAGAUGGGGGGCGUGUUCAUGGACGUCGAGCCCAUGACUGCUCUGCGGCCGGAUGGACAUAGGGGAAGGAUCACGGAACAGAAAACUGACUGCCUGCACUACUGCUCGCCAGGCCCAGAAGACGCCUGGAGCGAGUUUCUGUACAACGUUAUUCAAAGAUUAAUCCCUGAAUAUUAGGUACGACGGGCAGAGGAGGUGGAGGAGAUGGGGGGCGUGUUCUUGGAUACUGCUGAAUCCAUGGUCACAGGGGAAGGAUCAGGGAACAGAAGACAGACUGCCUGCACUACUGCUCACCAGGACCCGCGGACGCCUGGAGCGAGUUUCUCUACAACAUUAUUCAGAGAUUAGUGCUGGAGUAAUAAAACCGCUGUUCCAAAACUGCCGAAACUGGCUCAACCGUAGGAAGGUUGGUUGUGUCACCCUGUUUAGGUUUGGGUUGGAGGUUGGGGCGAAGAAUUCCCCUGCGAAACAAUUUCGUCGAACUAAAGUUACC